ACAGACAAGGAAGAAUCCAGGAGGGUGCACAAGGGUCCUGAAGAACGUUCUAGAGAAUUUCCAUGCAAACACGCCCUCCCGGCUGCAGGGGAUUGAUACGCCAUGUUAUGAUUUGCAAUUUUUCAAAAAACGUUUUUAAGCCAAAGAAAGCAAGAUGCUCGCUGAAGAAGGGGGAACAGAAAAGCUGCCAGAGCGCCCAGCGCCCGCCCGCCCGCGCGGCCCCCGCCCGCCGGCCACGUGACCGGCCAAGAUGGCCGACCUCGGAGACGGUUGCCCGGCGGGGCGGGAGCCUGCGCGAGAGCCGGACUCGGGGCCUGAGGCUGGAGAAGAGUUUGAGAUCGUGGACCGGAGCCAGCUGCCGACCCCAGGCGAGCUGCGGAGUGCAGGUAGGCCGCGGACUGCAGCCGAAGGCUGGUCGACGCCCAUCCGGACCCUUGCGCGAAAGGCCUCCGAGAACCUGUCGGCGAGUUGCGGGAGCGCGCUGCGCGCGGCCGCCGGGCUGAGCGGCGGGGACGGCGGCGCGGACGUUGCGGCGCGCGCAGCUUCCAAGUGCCAGAUGAUGGAGGAGCGUACCAACCUUAUGCACAUGAUGAAACUCAGCAUCAAGGUCUUGCUUCAGUCUGCUCUGAGCCUGGGCCGCAGCCUGGAUGCGGACCAUGCCCCCUUGCAGCAGUUCUUUGUAGUGAUGGAGCAUUGCCUCAAACACGGGCUGAAAGUUAAGAAGAGUUUUAUUGGCCAAAAUAAAUCUUUCUUUGGUCCUUUGGAGCUGGUGGAGAAACUUUGCCCAGAAGCAUCAGAUAUAGCUACUAGUGUCAGAAAUCUGCCAGAAUUAAAGACAGCUGUGGGAAGAGGCAGAGCUUGGCUUUAUCUUGCACUCAUGCAAAAGAAACUGGCGGAUUAUCUGAAAGUGCUUAUAGACAGUAAACAUCUCCUAAGUGAGUUCUAUGAGCCAGAGGCAUUAAUGAUGGAGGAGGAAGGGACGGUGAUUGUUGGCCUGCUGGUGGGACUCAAUGUUCUUGAUGCCAAUCUCUGCUUAAAAGGAGAGGACUUGGAUUCUCAGGUUGGAGUAAUUGAUUUUUCCCUCUACCUUAAGGAUGUACAGGAUCUUGAUGGUGGCAAAGAGCACGAAAGAAUUACUGAUGUCCUUGAUCAAAAAAAUUAUGUGGAGGAACUUAACCGGCACUUGAGCUGCACAGUUGGGGAUCUUCAGACCAAGAUAGAUGGCUUGGAAAAGACUAAUUCAAAGCUUCAAGAAGAGCUUUCAGCUGCAACAGACCGGAUUUGUUCUCUUCAAGAAGAACAGCAACAAUUAAGAGAACAAAAUGAAUUAAUUCGAGAAAGAAGUGAAAAGAGUGUAGAGAUAACAAAACAAGAUACCAAAGUUGAGUUGGAGACUUACAAGCAAACCCGGCAAGGCCUGGAUGAAAUGUACAGUGAUGUGUGGAAGCAGCUAAAAGAGGAGAAGAAAGUGCGCCUGGAACUAGAAAAGGAACUUGAGUUGCAAAUUGGAAUGAAAACAGAAAUGGAAAUUGCAAUGAAGUUACUGGAAAAAGACACCCACGAGAAGCAAGACACACUAGUCGCCCUCCGCCAGCAGCUAGAAGAAGUCAAAGCGAUUAAUUUACAGAUGUUUCACAAAGUCCAGAGUGCAGAGAGCAGCUUACAGCAGAAGGAUGAAGCCAUCACAUCUUUUGAAGGAAAAGCCAAUCAAGUUAUGUCCAGCAUGAGACAAAUGGAAGAAAGGUUACAGCAGGCGGAGCGCGCACGGCAUGGAGCUGAGGAGCGGAGCCACAGGCUGCAGCAGGAACUGGGUGGGAAAGUCAGCGCCCUGCAGCUGCAGCUCACCCAGCUGCACAAGCAAUGCUCAAGUCUAGAGAAAGAGUUGAAAUCAGAAAAAGAGCAAAGGCAAGCUCUUCAGCGAGGAUUGCAGCAGGAGAAGGAAGCUUCCGCUGUACUCCGAACACAGCUACAACAAGUAGAAGGAUUAAAGAAGGAGCUGCAGGAGCUCCAGGAGGAGAAGGCAGAGUUACAGAAGGUUUGUGACGAGCAGGAACAAGCCCUCCAGGAAAUGGGACUGCACCUCAGCCAGUCCAAGCUGAAGAUGGAAGACAUAAAGGAAGUGAACAAGGCACUGAAGGGCCAUACUUGGCUGAAAGAUGAUGAAGCAACGCACUGUAAGCAGUGUGAAAAGGAGUUCUCCAUUUCCCGAAGGAAGCACCACUGCCGCAACUGUGGUGACAUCUUCUGCAACACCUGCUCCAGCAAUGAGCUGGCCCUGCCCUCCUACCCCAAGCCCGUGCGUGUGUGUGACAGCUGUCACACACUGCUGCUGCAGCGCUGCUCCUCCAUGGCCUCCUGAGCACAAAGGCUGCCUGCAGGGGCAUCAGCCGUUGACUUCCCCUCUCAGGGCAGCAGGGAACAGUGCCAAACUCUGGGUCUGCAGGGACCACAGGAAGCUUGCAAAGUUUGAUUCCCAGGAGAAUCAAAAAAGGAACCUAAUCCUGACCAGGGCUGCUGGCCUGGAAAACAACAUGUAGGAACCGGCUGUCCACCUUUCCAUUACUUGUAUGGAAUUAACUCUUCUGGAUUGAAACUUCCAUCUGACUAUGUAACUAUGAUUUUGCUACUGAUUUUUUACUUUUCAAAGAAUUCGCCUAUUUUGCAGCAGCUGUAUUUGUCACUCCCAUCCCCCUCAAAAACUUUGUGCACAGUGCUUCAUACCAUGCUGAGUCUGUCAGUGUGCCUUCUCUGCUUCAGUCCAGAGAUUUAUCAUGCCCCUGUUAAUACCUUUUGUUGGCCCUGCAAUAAAAAUCAUUUAUUUUUCA